UCUUGUUGAUGAGCAUCAAAAUAGUGCUGAGCUAGAAGGUAUCAGACGUAUUAAAAAAGUUUAUAUCACAGUUUUUACCGGUACAAAUAAAGACAUUCACAAGUAGUUAUUCUGUAGUUAGGAUAAACGACUACCUGCGGUCCACCCAAAUCGGCAUUUGUCACUUUUAUCAUUUAAAUCCAAGUGAUUGCAAAUCAAAGAGCAUCAAGAACUGAUUGCGAAUCCAUAUUUUUCUAUAGCGGUUUGCAGAUAAAGCCAAUUCUCAGUGCUUAAUUAGUUAAUUUUCUAUGACUUUAGAGACUUUACUGUGAACUUUAUCGGUAGAGAUAUCUCAAGACUGGCGUAAAAUUCGUAGAAAGUUUUUUAUGAGAAUCUUGAAAAAAUUCCAACCGCCUCAAUGUUUUCCUACAAGAUAAUACUGAUUGUGGGAAUUGCAGUAACUUUAAGUCAGUUUGAAUUCGGAGCUACAGCUGACUUGAGUCCAUUUUCACCUCCAUUUCUGCGAGGCGCGGGACAAGUUCAACCUCAGUCUCAGUUCAACUAUCUUCAACCUCAAGCCCACGUACCCAGUUUAAUUCACCCCCAUGCUCACUAUGCCGGUAACCCCAACCUAGAAAAUCCAGCCCUCAUCGGACCCAGUAUGCUUCAAUCAGAACCUGAAGAGAUCAUCCCAGAUGAAAAUAUUUAUUUCCAAAAUAAUAAUUUUCAUCAUCCCUCGGACACAAAAUCUCACGGCAACACGGCAGAGCUGAAUGGCCAGAUGGUAAACCCUUCUAUGAAUCGACAAGGACAUUUUUUGGAGAACUCUGUACAUGACCCCAAAACAUAUUCAUCUGAGAGGGGGGAAAAUAUCCCAGAAUCCAACCAGUUCGGAAAUGAACAAGAAUUGGAUGGAACCAAAACAGGUAGACCACAACUUCGGCAGUUAGUCCUGGACCCAGCAUCUGUGAGUCGAGAAGCUGAAGCCCGAAGAGAGAAACUACGUGGGGAAAACCCCCCCAGUAGGAGAGGAAGGUCUAAUCCCCGAGUGUCAGAGGGUCACCGUCUGAUCACAAGGGCUCUUUGGAGAAUUUUUGAUGCCCUCAUGGAGAAGAAUGAAAAUCAGGCACUGCAAACGAGGAUGACUUUCGUUGAGAAUGCACUCAAGGACAUGAUCACUUCCGACUCGAAGCUAGAAGGAAUGAUAGAAAUGGUUAAAGAGGAGAACAUGGGGCAAGAAGAGCGUCUGGACGCUCUGGCCGCGGCCCUGGACAGCGUCCAGCAGCUGGAGGCCAGAGUCCAGGAGCUGGAGACCUGGAAGCUUAAGUUCGAGCGACAGAAAGACGAAGAAGAGAUUGUGCUGCCCUACCAGAGUAGGCCUGCCUACCGUAGCUGCCCGGCGCCCUUCGAGACGGUGGGCGGCGAAUGCUUCUACGUGGCUGGGGAGACUAAGAGGACCUGGCAAGACGCUAGGAGGGACUGUUCUAAAUACGGUGGAGACUUGGCUGCUCCUAAUAGUCUCACUAGUCUCAGGACUUACCUCCAGAGUCUUGCCUACCGUCCCGAGUACGUCUGGGUAGGCGCGUCGCGCCAGGGCAACGGAGACUGGGUGUGGUCUGCUGGCCCUACAGGGAGUCGUGCGGUGUCCAUGGACGAGCAGACCUGGAAUGAAGACCUCCCCAACGGUCUGGGGAACUGCAUGGGGCUGUACGAGGGGGCCGAGUACAGGGCUUACGACUACACCUGUGGGGAGGAAGACCUCUACGUCUGCCAGUUCUUCUUGUGAACACAACUGUUCCUUGGGGAACACUGUGGGGAACACUGCUGUUUCUGGGAUGGACACAGUGGGGAACACAGCUGUUUCUGGGGGGAACACUGCUGUUUCUGGGGG